AUGGGUGAUGAUUAUGAAAUUUUGGAUCCAAUCAAAACUGAUGCAAAAACUGAUGAUGAAGCAAAGACUGGGCCACCAUCAACACCAAUGUUGUCCAGCAUUAAACAGCCAAUUAAUACUAUUGCUACUGGGCCAACAAUUGGUGGAAGUAGAAAGGAAAGUGGAAAGAGUAAAGUAAAAGGCAAAGCUAUUUUGAGAAAAAAAGAUGUUGAAAUAGAAGUGGAAGAACAAAAACAAAGUAAGAAGAGUGAUAAUAAAAGAUUAUCAGAUAAGGAGCAAAAACAAAAAAAUGACGAUGAUCGACUCGAAGAUGUUUAUGAAUAUGAAAGUGCAGUAUCAUCAAUGAGACGAGCAUUUCUUAUUGCGACAGCAUCAGGAUUUCUCAUCUGUAUCCUUCAUUCAUUAUUAGGAAUCAUUUAUCUCGGAUAUAACAAACAACUUAAUUUCAAAUUCGAUUGA